ACAUUGAUGAGCUGGGAUCAGGAGGUUAUGUCCAUGGGUACAUUACAGAACCAAAAAUUGGUGAUGAUGAUGGAUACAAUAUUGAUGAUUCUGAUUACGAUAUCUAUAUAGAUGAGCUUAAACCGCUCCCUCCAAGCAAAGGGGGGAAAAAGAAAUUUGUGGUGGAAACAAAGAUCACUCCAGGGACAUAUACAAAGAUUGUUCCUUUGCGAACCACAACUACUGCGUCCCCAGCCACAACAUCCGUAUCUACAAAAGCUUUAUUGAUCACUACAACUGUUCGCUCUACUCUGCUCACCACCACUACUGCUAAACCAACGGCUGCUAAACCCAUGAGGAGAAAUGGUUUGUUCUCUCCACCUAGAUUGUUUGAUUUGACCUGCGAGGAAACCAUCUGCCCUUUGGAUAGCUUCUGUCUUAAUGACUAUGACCGUGGCGGUUCCCAGUGUCAUUGUAAUCUAGGGAAAGGUGGAGAGACGUGUGAAUAUG